AUGAGUGCAAGCAAAAGGAAGAGCAAGAAGAAGGCAAGAGGAAGAGUGAGCGAAAGAGCAAGAGAACAAGCGAACGAGGAAGAGCAAGGGCAAGAGAGCAAGCAAAGGGUAGAGGAAAAGAAAGAGGGAGCGGAAGAGCAAAAGGAAGAGCAGAGGAAGAGAGCAAGCAGGCAAAAGAGGAAAAUCGAGAGGAAAAGCAUGCAAGAGCGAGCGGAAGAACGAGGGCAAGCGAGCAAGCAAAAAGGUAGAGGAAAAGAAAGAGGGAGCGGAAGAGCAGAAGAGAGCAAGCAGGCAAAAGAGAGGAAAAUCGAGAGGAAAAGCAAGCGCGCGAGCAAGCAGAAGAACGAGGGCGAGCGGAAGAACGAGGGCGGGCGAGCGAGCGAGCAAAAGCGCGAGGGGAGCGGGCAAAAGAGAGCGCGAGGGAGAGCGGGCAAAAGAGAAGGCGAGGGAGAGCGGGCAAAAGAGAGAGAGCGGGCGGAAAGGCAAGCAAAAGAGCGAGCGUUAGAAGGAGGGCAAGAGAGCGAGCAAAAGGGAAGAGCAGAAAGAGGAAAAAAAGUGAGAAGGCAAGCAAGAGGAAGAGCAAAAGAAGGAGUGAGCAGAAGAGCAAGAGAACAAGCGAGGGAGGAGGAAGAAGAGCAAAGCGAGCAGGAGAGCAAGCAAAUGGAAGAGGAAAAGAAAGAGGGAGCAGAAGAGCAGAGGAUGAGAACAAGAACAAAUGGAAGAGGGAUCGGAAGAGCAUGA